AUGCUGACUUCGUCACCCGCUGUUCAGGUAUCCGCGAGACUCGUGCAAACGACACGGCAGUUGUCGAGAACCGGAGCUAGAGAUGAGUUCGUCGAAAUCGAGGAUCAAACGAAGGUCGUCAAAGGAUUGCUGGCAAGGUUGAAUCCAGGCUUGAACACCAGCGCCGUUGAUCUAUCACAGGACGACAAAGAUCUGGCACAGCUGUGCGAACAGAGCCAGGAUGUGUCCAAACAGCUUCUGGAGAUGCUUGCCAGCUGCAGGGCGAAGGCAGUCUCGGGCAGAGUCUCCUUAGAUGCCUUUUGGAGCUCCGUCAAGAGCGAGUGGAAGGAGAAUGACAUCAAUCAGCUGAGAAAAAGGUUAGAGACCAUCGAUACGAGGGCACAUAGGCUGCUUAGCAUGGGAACCCUCGGCAGUGUCCUGAGUGAGCUAUCAGGUCUUGACCAACAGGUCCAAGUUCUGGGUGACAACCAAAGAAGGGACCUUGCUGAUAUCAAGGAUGCUGUACAGCAGCUCAUAGUGGAACGUUUUAACGGUGACAUUGGCCGUCACCUGGAGUUGACAGCGACGGCAAGAGGUGGCCGUGGAAAAGACUUCGCUGUGCAAGCUGGGAUAUUGACUCAGCUCAGAUUCGACGAAAUCGACCGCCGACUCCACGAAUUGGAUCAACGUCCUAGCCAUGAAAAGUCGUAUCUUUGGCUCGACGGCAGCAUUGGUGGAGCAAAGAAAGUAGGACUGGUUCCAGCUAACUUCCAAGCAUGGCUGAGCUCAACGCAAAAGCUCUACUGGAUCUCGGGUGUUGCAGGCUCAGGAAAGUCGACGCUGAUGAAGUUUCUGUACUCGAAUCCACAGACCACAACGCAGCUGAAGGACGUCUGGUAUCAGGAUGGAAAGCUGCUCGUGGCGGCGUACUUCUUCUGGGAGGUCGGCAAGAUACAGCUUCUAAGAACACAGCAGGGCUUGCUGCGUACACUCUUGUUCCAAAUCCUGAGACAGUGUCCAGAGUUGAUGUCUGAAGUGUAUUCUGAUCUAUGGACUCUAUUCGCUGGCGCUACACCAAAUGGCCAACGCUCUUUAUCAGGGUUCGCUGGAUCUCGGGUCUCUCUUGACGUACAUCAGCUCCUGGAGAAGAUGGAGACUGCAUGUAGAAGCAUUGCUGGCCAUGGGUACCACUUAUUCCUUCUCGUCGAUGGCCUGGACGAGUACGAGGGAAAAGCCAGCGAGAUUAUCAAGUUGAUGACCGCACUUACGAGACUACCCAAUGUCAAGAUUUGCAUAUCGAGCAGGCCGGAUACUGCUUUCAUGGAUGCUUAUGGCAGCAUGACUACGAAGCUGUUCAUGGAAGAUUUCAACACGCCCGAUAUCACGCAGUAUGUGCAACAUCGACUGGAAAGCCAUUCACGAUUCAAGGAGGACGGGGAUCGAGAUACCCUUGGCCGUGUUCUGAUCAAGACUGUCGUGGAUGAUUCCUGCGGAGUGUUUCUGUGGGUUCGUUUGGUCAUGGAAGAUCUCGAAGAGGGCCUGACAGAUUGCAACACCAUAGCGCAGCUACAACGACGCCUCGCACGGUUGCCCAAGGAACUUGAAAGCUUUUUCGAUCACAUGCUGGACAGGGUUCACGAAGACUACCAAAAGGACUCGUAUAGCAUGCUGUCUGUGACUUACCACGCGCAUGACUUGCUGGCCCCCCUUGCGUGCUGGUUCAUCAGCGAGCGAUCCUCGGAGCUUGACGGCUUCCACGAGAUCAAGCCGACUGAGUCACGUCGCAACCACAAACGUCGCAAAGACAUCGACUUCCGAUUGCGAAGUUACUGCAGAGGUCUGCUUGUAGUUCAGGAGGUGUCAAUGGCGGCAGAUUGGGUGAGUCGUUUGAUCUCAACGGGCAUGAAGACCUUGUCGUAA